CCGCCAUAGCCAUUUCUUCGAAUCUUUCUUUUCCCCCAAGCAUGAGAAACCAUUUCUUCAAAUCUUUAACGCCGUCGCAUUCUCCGGCGAGAACGACGCCGUCGCAUUCCCCUGCCAGAACGACGCCGUCGCAUUCUCCGGUGAGAACGCACGGCUUGUGCAGGUCUCUGAUGGAGGAGAACAUCGAAGUUGCAGAAACCCUAAUAACGCAGUGGGAUUGCGCCGCCUCCUCCUACGCCGACAUCACUCCUCUGUUCCAAGACGACCGCCACGAGGCCAAGCGGUACCUCAAGGCCGUCACGGAUUUGCAGACGGCGAUGCAGUAUUUCGGCUCCGAGCACUCCAAUUCUCACCACCUCGUCCACGCCCAAAAUCUGAUGCAGACCGCGAUGAAGAGAUUACAGAGGGAGUUUCACCAGAUUCUGACAGAGAAUCGGGGACAUCUCGAUCCUGAAUCGAUUUCUAACAGAUCCUCUAGGGGUUCUGCGGUUACCACUAACUCAGAUCUGGAGGAUGAGUCUGAAGAGGACGAUUUGCGUUUCGCUAACGAAACUGUAACGGAGGAGGAGCGGAUUUCGAGGACGGCCAUGGCGGAUUUGAAAUCGAUUGCGGAUUGUAUGAUUUCUGCUGGUUAUGGAAAAGAGUGUGUGAAAAUCUACACUGUUAAUCGGAAAUCGAUUGUUGAAGAAGGAUUGUACAAUCUCGGAGUUGCGAAGACUAGCUUCCACCAUGUCAACAGGAUGGAGUGGGAGGUUUUGGAGGUGAAGAUCAAGAACUGGCUCAACGCUGUGAAAAUCGCGGUUAGAACAUUCUUCGAAUCGGAGAGAUUUCUAUGCUAUCAGGUUUUCUCGGCCUCCGCGUCCAUAAGAGAAUCGGUUUUCUCAGAGAUUACGAAAGAGAGCGCCAUGACUCUGUUUGGCUUCCCGGAAAUGGCGGUGAAAUCGAAGAAAACUCCCGAGAAAAUUUUCCUGAUUCUGGACCUCUACGAGGCGAUCUACGACCUGUUGCCGGAGAUCGAAUCGAUGUUCUCCUGCGAAUCGACGU